AUGUGCUCGCUCUGCAGGUCAGACACGACGCGGUUCCACUCCUGCAUUGUCUCUUUGGUGGCGCACACCUUUGGGCUGACACUUUUCAACCCGAAGAAGGCGCGCAGGGCCUCUGUUUCCUCACCCUCUUUUUUCUUGCCGAGCAUGGCGUCCGCGUCGUACUUAUUCUGGCCUGGGUCGUGUGCAAGGCAGCAGAAGAGCGCAAACAGGCCGGUCUCCACGCAGUUGCUGAAGGUUUCAUUCAGAAACUCUGUUUGGCCUCUCUUACAGGCAUACACGCUUGUGUACGCCGGCAGCAUGCUCGGGCUGACGAACGGGAACGUCUGUAGAAUCUUCAUUUUUGUCUGA